CAUUUCCUUUCUCUCGUUUCAUUUCUUUUAAGCUUUGCUUUUGUGUUGUAACAUUUCGCCAGAUCAAAUCAAUCAUGGCCAUCGAUUCAGUGACAUCGUCCCCGCCGGCCCCACCUGCCAGUGAGAAGGACGCCAAGGCCCUUCAGUUCAUAGAGGAGACGACCAGGAACACGGACUCCCUGCAGGAGAGGGUUCUGAGUGAGAUACUCAGUCGCAACGCAGAGACCGAGUACCUUAAGCGGUUCGGCCUCCGCGGUGCCACCGAUCGGGACACGUUCAAGUCCAAGGUCCCAGUUGUUACAUACGAGGAUCUGCAGCCGGAGAUCCAACGUAUCGCUAAUGGUGACCGCUCACUCAUCCUGAGCUCUCAUCCCAUCUCUGAGUUCCUCACCAGUUCUGGGACUUCUGCUGGUGAAAGAAAACUAAUGCCUACAAUUCAUGAAGAGUUGGACCGUCGUACGCUGCUAUACAGCUUGCUUAUGCCAGUGAUGAACCUUUAUGUCCCGGACCUGGACAAGGGCAAGGGGCUCUACUUCUUGUUCGUGAAGGCAGAGAGCAGGACUCCGGGAGGGCUCGUGGCACGUCCGGUAUUGACAAGCUACUACAAGAGUGAGCACUUCAAGACCAGGCCAUAUGACCCCUACAACGACUACACCAGCCCCAACGAGGCCAUCCUCUGCCCAGACUCAUUCCAGAGCAUGUACACCCAAAUGGUUUGUGGCCUCGUCAUGCGCCACCAAGUGCUCCGAGUAGGUGCGGUGUUUGCCUCCGGCUUACUCAGAGCAAUUCGGUUCCUGCAAUUGAACUGGCGCCAAUUAGCCCAUGACAUCCACAAUGGUACCUUAAACCCUAAAAUCACCGACCCUUCUCUCCGCGAAUCCUUGUCCGGGACAUUAAAGCCAGAUCCGGAGCUGUCCAGUUUCAUCACAAAGGAGUGUUGUGAAGAAAAUUGGGAAGGCAUAAUCCCAAGGAUUUGGCCAAACACAAAGUACCUGGAUGUGAUCGUCACCGGUGCAAUGGCUCAGUACAUCCCCACCCUCGAUUACUACAGCAAUGGCUUGCCGUUGGCCUGCACUAUGUACGCCUCCUCCGAAUGUUACUUUGGGCUUAACCUCAAGCCAAUGUGUAAGCCUUCUGAGGUAUCUUACACAAUUAUGCCAAACAUGGCCUACUUCGAGUUCAUCCCGCACGACCCUUCCGCUCCUCCUCUGUCCAAACACUCCCCUCCCCGCCUCGUCGACCUUGCUGACGUGGAAGUCGGGAAGGAGUACGAGCUGGUGAUAACAACCUACGCCGGAUUGUGCCGUUACAGAGUGGGUGACAUUCUUGAGGUCACCGGCUUCCACAACGCCGCGCCUCAGUUUAGGUUUGUGAGGAGGAAGAACGUCUUGUUGAGCAUUGACUCGGACAAGACCGAUGAGGCUGAGCUGCAGAAAGCCAUCGACAACGCGUCGGUAUUGCUGAGAGAGUUCAACACGAGCGUGGUUGAGUACACGAGCUUUGCUGACACCAAGACAAUCCCAGGACAUUAUGUGAUUUACUGGGAGUUGCUUGUGAAGGACCCGGCGAAUAAUUCCCCGAGUCACGAGGUUCUGGACAAGUGUUGUCUGGCCAUGGAAGAGUCGUUGAACUCGGUGUACAGACAAGGCAGAGUGGCUGACAAUUCAAUUGGACCACUUGAGAUAAGGGUGGUGAAAAACGGGACAUUUGAGGAACUCAUGGACUAUGCAAUCUCUAGAGGUGCGUCUAUCAACCAGUACAAGGCACCAAGGUGCGUAAACUUCUCACCCAUCAUGGAACUCCUGGACUCAAGAGUCGUCUCGGUGCACUUUAGCCCAAGUGCACCGCACUGGACCCCAGAGCGACGUCGUUAAGUGCAGUAGUACUACAUAAGUACAAAUGGGGAAGAAGAAAAAAUUUAUAAAAGGAGAGGGCCCCUUUCUCUUUUGUUGAUCAUCCUAGCUAUAGCUUUUAAAAGUGUCUUUUCUUUGGGUGGUUUUCUUUGUUUUAAAUCCAAGUGGAUCUGCGUCUGUGCAAUAAGUUCUAAGUAAUUCUGCGGCAUCUAUGUGCGAUAUGUAAUUGUCACUGAUAUAUAGAUAUGUUUGUUCGUUUGUC